GAGUACCUUUCUUUCAAUAUCUGAUUUCAAGAACGGAGUUCGGCGUUCAGCGGAUUGGCUGGGUCCAACGUCUCUGGAUAGGAAAACAACACUUGGGUUGAAGUCAGUGAAGAACAACCCCUUUGCGAGUGCCAUAGCACAGAUGGACCCAAAGACCUGUUCAUAUGCUCCUAAUUCAAACAUUCAACUCGCUUCAUCUAAAACGGACUUCAGACUCGGGGACACCAUUUCUGUUGAAAUCCAACUUUUCGACGCGUACAAGCGGAGGAAAAACAAGGGAGGUGAUAACGUGAGACUAUGGAUGAGUGAAACGUUAAAAGAUGCGCGCGCAGCAGGCGUUGUCACUGACAACAAGGACGGUACCUAUACAGGAACUCUCAAGGCUCUCUGGACCGGAAGUCCAAAAAUCGAAGCCGCCAUAGCUAGUCGGAAAGAAAACGUGGAUAUCUUCUAUCGGGUAUAUCACGAUUACUACACACUAAGAAACUUAUCAGCGAUGUUCGAGAGCGAUGGCGUCCAGGAGGAAACGUUGUGCCUACCUAUACCAAACAUCCGGGGCUUUGAGAACGUCUGUAACUUGACAGCCGAGAAUUACGGACUCCCGUGGUAUUGUGGGAAACCAUCACACCGGAAGCUGUUGUGUCACGACUUCACGGGGUUACGUGAGCCGGAUAAACAGCCAUCUCCAUUUACUCCACACGAGGCAAAAUUCUUCGAAAGACACCUGCUACAUCAAAAGCUCCCCACAUCUGUUGCGAUUAAAGUGACGUCAGAUCAAGACACAGUUCCUUUGCCAAGUGUCCCCUGUAACAAAACACCCUUGAGGAAAAGCUGGGAGGCAUCAACACCUAUUGGCUUCUUCUACAAGAAUUCCUGGAAGUCUCUAACUUGUAAAAACACGAUUCCACUUGAUUCGAACAAGGAAUGUCUGAAAAACCGGAGAAUUUGGAUCCAUGGAGAUUCCUCUUCAAGAGGUUGGUUCAAGAUUUUAACUGAACGUUUAGGCUUGACACUUGUUACAGAGGCAUGGCACCAUUCUAAAUGGCACAAACCGGCAGUAACAAUGGACACGCUGCGGAACAUCACGCUAUUGUUGGUGCCACAUGAGUACCCAUUUUAUCAUGGGUAUACGUUCAACAAAUUGGCUUAUAACAGAGCAACGCAUGCCUAUCUGGAUGAUCUUCCAAAUAAUUCUCGGGAUAUAUUUCUCAUUCAUAUAUACCUUCAUUUUAACCCCUUCCCUCCAGAGGUUUUUAGAACUCAUAUGAAAAGAAUUGCACGAUCUGUCAAAUCGUUAGUUGUUCGUGCCCCAGGGGUUAAAGUGGCUAUUCGAGGAACUCAUGCUUUCAAGGGUAGGGGCAAGAUAGGGUUUUUGGACGACUGUUGGAUGUUUGUAUACGAUACGAUCCAGCGGGACGCAUUUAAAGGGCUGGAGAACAAUGUGCUUUUCUUAAAUAAUAUAGAUUUGACAGUGGCCACAGACAACGACGACCAGCAUCCUAACUCGUUAGCAGUGGAUUCCCUCAUCAAUCAUUUCCUGGGAUCCGUGUGUGAAGGAUGAGGGAUGAGAAAGAUGGGUGUGGAGUGGCGUCUGUGCGUUUUGCGGAGAGUGAUAUAUGUAUAUAUGCGUUUAGUGUGCAAGUGUGUGUCUCUAUGGUUGUGUUUUGGUGUGCAUCUGUUCCUGAACCAACAUUUAUAGGUAAGAGAUUUAAACGUUUACAUGGGGACACGGGUGGCCCAGUCGUCCAAGGCGCCGCGAUUCGCUGUGCAGAGUUGCGUCCCUUGGGCACGCCAGAAACCCAUGAUUGUAGGUUCGAAUCCCGGUUCGCCCUGAUUAUGUUUCUAGGUUUGUCAGCACCAUACCCGUGCCCUUAGGUUUCACUAAAGACGUUAUAAUUUGUCUUGAUUGUAAUUUGCUUGGCUAUUUAUAUCUUAAGUGUGUGCAUAUACCAUAGCUCUGCUGGUUUUCUUUGGAAGGCCGUGUUUGCUAAAACAUUUUUCCCCGUAUAUACGGGAACUGAUUAGGGUUGUUU